AUGUUCGCGACUAAUUGCGUUGUCGCAGACACACAUCUAAAACACCUACGAGGCCAAGAAACCCUCACAUCAUUUACCCGGUCAAAAACCAUUACCUCGGGCAAGGGAAUGACAAAUUGUUUCUGUUCUACGUGUGGCUCGCUCAUAUACCGCAUCAGUGCACUGUUCCCACGACACAGUAUCCUACGUACUAGAAUAGUGGACGACUUUACCCUACAUGAGACUAAACUGAAGCCUUGGGUUGAGCUAUAUACCAAGGACCGUGUGGGAUGGCUUUGUGGUGCAACUGAUAUGGAACAGGCACGGGAUCGGCUUAUACUCCAAAGGGUACUUAUUCUCCUGAACUCUGAAUGA